AUGCAAUUCUCCACCGCCCUCCUCGGCCUCCUCGCCGCCUCCACCACCGCCUUCGCCGCCCCCGCCGACCUCGAGGCCAAGCUCAUGACGGCCGUCGCCUCGCAGUGGACCAUCACCGACUUCACCCGCACCUGCAACGGCGGCGACACGUCGUGCCACCUCUCCUUCGGCAUCAACCGCAACGACGGCUCGGCCGUGCAAAAGUGCGCGUACGACGUCACGGGCGCGCCCGCGUCGCGCGCCAGCUACAACAGCGUCGCGUGCGGCGCCUACACGGUGUCGUCGGGCUGGAGCGGCCAGUUCGGCGACGGCGCCGGCUUCUCGACGCUGUCCGUCACCGACCGCAAGCAGAUUGUUUACCCGGCCUACACGGAUAAGCAGCUCGUCAGCGGGCAGGUCGUCAAGCCCGAUCAGAGCUAUGCGCCCCAGGCGCUGCCUUAG